GACUGAGAAGAUACAGUUGGACCUCAGGGGAGAUCUCGUCGGAUGCACAGUUCCGAAAAGCGAUUUGGACGAUCAUGCAGACGCACGACCAGCACGCAAGUCUGCCCCCAUUCGUUUGGGGCGAAUGGCCGCUAUACAUUUGGCCAAACGGAGAGGAUGAAUUGCCACAUUGGGAAAGCGAGAGAAUCGAUUUGGUGCAAGGUUACACGUCCAUCAUUCAAUGCUGAAUCUCUGGGGCUGAUCAACUGACACGUGAGCGGUCUUUUCCUCCCUUUGCCAUCGCAUUUCUUUGAACAAGUGUGCUGAGUGACAAAGUUCGACAGUUGGUCAGCAGACUGAAGCUCGAACAGAUUCCGAAAACUGUAGUUCUGCCAUUCUAGGAAAGAGGUUGUGUCAUUUCUCUACGACGAGUUUUAACCUGAUCGUGCUUGACUGAAUUCCCAAGAUACAAAACAAGGCGUUGUUAUGAAGUAAAAAGGAAUGGAAAGGGCCGAGAAGAAGAAGGCCUGGGAAGACCUCAUCAAGUCCUUCAAGGCAUCACCAUGCGAAGUGAGAGAUAAAUGGAUCAAGAUGGAGCUCGACGACCGGGUCUCGACGCAAACUGGCCUCGCACUUUCAGCUUGAUCACUGUAUAGUUGGUUAACGGUUAAUAGUUACACUGAACCCUUUUAAGACCGUCCUCCUCAUUCUCCUUCAAAGCGUGAAACACUUGUUCCUGCAUCUGACUAAUCCAGUGCACACUGUCACCUCUCUCUCGAUCUGAAAAGAGCAGUGGAGUUGACCGACAAAACUUGUGAGAUUUCAUAGGAGACUUGUUCUGCAACCCGCCCUCAAUCGGUACAUGUUGCGAACCUAACAAUGAGGACCCCAAAUAUAUAGAUUGUGAACAAAAUAACCCUAACAACGGAACCCCAAUGAGUACUUAUUACUUUAGCAUUACUAUCAGGCCUCUAUAUGCGGAUCUGCCGGAUGUUCAGCUGCAGAGGCUGAGCUUGUAUUAUACACUGUAUGAUGCAGUUUUUGGCGUCGUGGGAGUUUUGGCCAUCUUGCUCCUUCGGUUUACCAGACUCGUUGGGACUCCGAUUCUCCCAUGUCUUAUAGUGUUGGACGAGCUUUCACUCUCUUACAGUUCUUGCUAAGCUCCGGUGACCUGGAACUAUUAAUUUCUUGCUGCUCGAGAGCAAGCAGCAGGUAUGAUAUGAGUUCAAUUCCGGACUUGCAGCAAUCUGAUCUUCCAGAUGGGUCAAAAUUGCUCAAGUUGGGUUCUAGUAGGUCAAUGGAUCAUUUUUCUCGGCAACUUGGCAGGCGGCAGCGGCAAGGAUGGAGGCAUAAUGGUAGAUGACCGGCAAGGAUGGAGGCAUUAUGGAUAGAUGAUUGAUCGGG